AUGGUCGCGUGCAUCCCUUUCUUCUCGCUAGCGGCUUCACUGCUGCUGUCUAAUGCUCCUGUGGUCUCUGGCGCUUCGAUCGUCUCUCGUACGACGGCCUUGCAGGUACUACAUGCGUCGCGUUCAGACGUUCUCAAUGCGACUACAGAACUACCUAUCGUGAACAGGGCGAUAUCGCCGGAUGGGUACAAUCGGUCUGCAACCUUGGCUGGUGGAACGCUACCCGGCCCGCUCAUUGCGGCUAACAAGGGCGAUGAUUUCCGCAUCAAUGUUACCAACCAAAUGACCGACCCUUCUAUGUACCUCUCCACCACAGUCCACUGGCACGGGAUCUACCAAAACGGAACAAACUAUAAUGACGGGACGGCGUUCGUCACGCAGUGUCCGAUCCCGGCGAACGACUCUUUCCUGUACAAAUUCAGCGCGAACAACCAGGCGGGCACAUAUUGGUACCACUCGCACUACACGACGCAGUAUUGCGACGGUCUUAGCGGGCCGUUGGUGAUAUACGAUCCUGAGGAUCCAAUGGCAGAUAUGUACGACGUUGAUGAUGAGACAACCGUGAUCACCCUCCAAGAUUGGUACCACUUCCCCGCUCCAGUCGACAACCGCAUCCUUGGCAUCUCCCCCAACUCGACACUCAUCAACGGCCUCGGCCGAUACGCCGGCGGUCCCGCCUCUCCCCUCGCCAACAUCACCGUGCAGCAGGGGAAACGCUAUCGCUUCCGGCUCGUCUCGCUCUCGUGCGACCCGACGUUCACGUUCUCCAUCGACGGACACAACUUCACGAUAAUCGAGGCCGACGGGCAGCUCACCGAGCCGCUCACCGUCGACUCGCUCCAGAUCCUCGCCGGGCAGCGGUACUCGAUCGUGCUCAACGCCACGGACCCGGACCCACAAGCCAACGGCAACUACUGGAUCCGCGCGAUGCCCAACACGGGCAACGCCGCGGGCACGUUCGCGGGCGGGCUGAACAUGGCCGUUCUGCGGUACGAGGGCGCGGCGGACGUGGAUCCCACCACGCAGCAGGCCAAAUCGGUCAACCCGCUCCUCGAGAGCAACCUGCACGCGUUCAUCAACCCUGGUGCGCCGGGCGUGCCUGAGCUGGGCCAGGCGGACAUCAACCUGGCUAUGAUCGUGGAUAACAGGAAGGGGACGUAUUAUAUCAACAACGCGACGUUUGUGAAUCCCACUGUGCCUGUGCUGCUGCAGAUUUUGAGCGGCAAGUACGCUGCGACGGAUUUGUUGCCGGAGGGGACGGUGUAUGUGCUUGAGCCGAAUAAAACGGUGGAGCUGCAUAUGUGGAAUGGGGAGGGGUUUGCAGGACCACAUCCUAUCCAUCUGCACGGUCACUCGUUCGACGUCAUCCGUAGCGCCGGCUCCGACAUCGUCAACUUCAAAAACCCCGUGCGCCGCGACGUCGUGUCAAGCGGCACUCAGGGCCAGGGCAUGGUCAUCCGGUGGACGACGGACAACUCGGGACCGUGGUUCUUGCAUUGUCACAUCAACUGGCACCUGGAAGCGGGAUUCGCCGUUGUUUUUGCCGAGAACCCCUCUGGGACGAAGCAGCAUAUCGGCCAUGUACCUGAGGCGUGGGAGAACUUGUGUCCUGCAUACAAUGCGCUCUCGCCUAGCCAGCUUGGGGGAGUGGUUCCUCCGCUGUGA